GGUUCCCACUGCAUAGUCACUGCAUGCAUUUUCAGAAUUUCCAAACACGAGCCCCGAAGUUUUUGGGUCGCAAAAGUGAGCUCUUGGAACUUACAUGUACUUGGAAGUGGUCUAUCUAUAGUUUUGCAACACCAUGAACCGACACGAGAGAUCAGGGAAGUGGACGGCCGAAGAGGAAAGCUAUGCUGCAGCUUUGAUGGAGGCAUUCCAUGCAGGUUUGCUGAGUGGCGUCGAAGAAGGCAUAAGCUUGAGAAAGAUCCUUGCCAAGAAGCUGCGAUGCUCAGCAAAACGAGUAUCCAAGAAAUACGAGGGCACUGACUACAAUGGAAAGAUGAUAUACUUGCGCAAGGUCAAUGCCACAGAAGAGGAGAUACGGGCCAAACGGGAGCAUAUGGCAAGGCUGGAAGAGUCAUUUCUGGACUCUGUCGCUCGGCUCAAGACUGAGGAAGAGUCGAAAAGGGCACUUGAUCAGCAAGGGUCAAUGGAAGCAGGUCAGAUCCGUUCUGCGGCGGGUACUGGCAUAGGUACCAGUGGGGAGUCCAUGUCCUCCAUGGCAAGAGUACCGCAGAAUCAUCAUCAGCGAGCACGCAUGUUGCCAGAACCAACUCUUCCAAUCGGCCUUUCCUCGCCUGCUGCGCUGCUCUCUCUUCGAGGUGAUGCGGACCUUGGCAGCCACGCCUACCUUCACGCUUUGCAGGGUGCACGAGGACUGGCAGCCGCAGGGGUAGGCAGUAACAUGUUCGGCGCUCCCUCCAAUUUUUCCAUCUCACCAAGCACCCUUCAUCAAGCAAACGUUCAGGAAAUGUUAUCCAGAAGUCAGGGAUUGACCUUUUCGAGCUUGCAUGCUGAGAGGGACCAGCUUCCUGCACUGUCGUCGCUCGGAAGGCCGUCACUGGACCAUGCUCGGAUGCAGUUGUUGGAGGCAUCUAUGCGGGCUCAGGCAAACUCAUUUGCCGCACGCGGAGCGACCGACCCACACACAGGUCUCAACGUCCCCAAUACCUGUCUCAGUAUCACUUCCCUAGGAGGCGCUUCGAAUCAACAACUUGGUGGGAACAACAAUGCGUUGAUGAGAUCACUUCAGCAACAGCAGCAACUACAACAGCAACAGAAUUGGCCCAUCAUGUCGCCGGAAGAACGUCUCCGCUUGCAAAUUCUGCACAAUCGAGGACUUGCUGGAGGGCUCAGUGAUGUCGCUUCGGCAGCUCCUGCUCAAGUGCCAUCAAUGGCGCAACUGCCGCCACAAAGGAGACCAAAGCGCUCCCCCGGUGCCGAAGACUGCAGUUCAGAGCGCCCGGAAACAAAGCGUGGGAGAUUUUGUUGAUGCCCAGGCUGCCUCAAUAGUUUUCAAUUGUUUCUACUUAGAUUUCAAACCAACCAAACUAUUGUUAUUUUACUACGGUACCGGUACGUCACGUACCGGUAGGCGGACUGGUGUUCCGGUGCUGGAGCUGAUCAUCCCAAAUAAAGGAGACCUACUGGCUACCGUAGUGGCUUCGUUCUUUUCUUUCCCCACGGUUGCAGAAAGGGGGGCUUUGUCGUAUCAAUAGCUUGAUUUCGCAGGUACUUCCUUUGGAUCCACCCAGGAUUGCUCCCCGAAAGCUACUGCUAACAAGCCGAUAAUGUAAGCCCAGGCAGCCCGGGUGGUUGCUCUGGGUUGGGUAACCUCUUCAAAAGAUGGCUGAAUUCCCCUGAUUAAUUUUAUCAUUACUAGUCUAUUGAUCUUCCA